AUGCAGACCCUGCCGAGAAAAGAAGGUUCGCUGCUCAGGAACUUCGCCGCAGUGCACGAAUUGCAAACGUCAUGGUCGAGAAUGCGCAGCACCUACACGGAUGGAGACGAGGUUUUUGAGACUGAGAUUGGCCAGUAUCUCCCCGCCUCCGUUAAAAGUUUCUUCGAAAAGGUCUAUCCACUCCCAUCCCAUGCGUUCUUGCAUCCUGAGACGACUAGGGAACGCUGCCGUGAGGGGAAGAUCGACCCGGCAUUGGGGCAUGCCAUCUGUGCUUUGGCGACCCUUCACUCCGGUUCCGAUUUCCAGAUCCGCGACAGAGCAGCGGCUUGGGUUCAGACGGUGGAGCAAAGAAUAUGGCAGCACCUGGAGAACCCUACUAUCCCGCGCCUGCAGGCUCUGUUGCUUGUCAUUCGUUACCAGAUGGAGACGUGGAAGUUUCAGAGGGCUUUCAUGCUUACAGCUACCGCGGCUCGCUUUGCGGCAGCUUUGCGCUUGAAUCACGAGCGGCCUGAUUUAGACUUCGUUGCACAGGAGGUGCGUCGGCGAAUCAUGUGGUCCCUCAAGGUCACGGAACGAUACUUCUCAGUCGGACUGCCCGAGUUUGAAGCAUGCCCUAUCGAGACGAUAUACCUGCAGUUUCCGCGUGUAGUCUUUGCGGCAGUUGACGCCGCAUACGUCGCGUCAUCUGAACAAAGCUGCUUGCUGCACGCCACCGCCAUUAUACAGAUUCUGACGAAUUUGAAUCAAUACAGCACCAGUCAUCUUCUCUUGGAAUUUGAUGCAGCCAUUUGCGCCUAUCAUGCAACCAGGCUCUUACUGUUCAUCUCUCAGUCAGGGAGGGUCCCAGACUGCCCGUCUCCAGAGUUCGCCGUAAGCCGUGCUGCUCUAUGCCUUGCUGCACUCAAGCGCUUCUUCCCUUCAUCAGCAUUGGCCAAGCCUAUCAUAGACGACAUGGAACGCUUGACAAAAGGCCAUGCACCACAGGAGAGCGGUAUCGGUGGAAUCUCUUCACCUGAUUUCCAGGAGGGAAGUAGAAAAUUGGACGAGCAACUCCCAGAUGCAGCAAAGGCAAGACAGAGGUUAGCAAUCCACAGCCUGCUGAGACAGGCAGAUUUUACCGACGAGGACGACGGAGAUGGAUACUCGUCCUCUCUGUCUCAUGCUGGUUUGUCUCCUGUCCUGACGAGAUAG